CCGCGUGGAUUGGUUACUCGUCGCUUCUACCUCGCGCUGAUUGGCUGACAUCGCUGCCAUUCCAGUUCAGCCUAGUGGCGCGCGGCGGGGCGCUUCCCGGCGGGAGCGGCGGUGGCGGAAGUAGCGGCGGGCGAGCUUGGUGCCCCGCCGACACCAUGCUUCCCCUGUCACUGCUGAAGACGGCCCAGAACCACCCCAUGUUGGUGGAGCUGAAAAAUGGGGAGACGUACAAUGGACACCUGGUGAGCUGUGACAACUGGAUGAACAUCAACCUGCGGGAAGUGAUCUGCACGUCCAGGGAUGGGGACAAGUUCUGGCGGAUGCCUGAGUGCUACAUCCGGGGCAGCACCAUCAAGUACCUGCGGAUCCCGGACGAGAUCAUCGACAUGGUGAAGGAGGAGGUGGUGGCCAAGGGCCGCGGGCGCGGUGGCCUGCAGCAGCAGAAGCAGCAGAAGGGGCGCGGCCUGGGGGGCACCGGGCGAGGUGUGUUCGGUGGCCGGGGCCGUGGCAGCAUCACGGGCACUGGCCGAGGGCAGCCUGAGAAGAAGCCGGGCCGGCAGGCGGGCAAGCAGUGAGCCUAGGCCAGGCCACGUGCUGUGGCCCGCCGUUCUGGGGGUGUCGCAGUGGACUCUGGUGUGCCCUGGGUUUGAGGCGGGCCCUCGGGCUGGAUCCAGGGCACAGGGGCGGCCCACGGCUCGGUGUUGGAUGAGACACGGACCCAGAAUCGCCUCUUCCAAGCGCGUGGGGGAUUGUGUGCCCCGAAGCUUCCCAGGAUGUAGCUGGUCCCCAGCCCCCC